AUAAACAUUUAAUACUCUUAUGUUUAAAGAACUACAAAAUUAUAGCUUAAAUAUAUUGUAUAUAAAUAUACGUAGCUUAAGAAACAAAAUGGACGAUAUAAAGGAAAUUUUAAAGCAACAAACCGAUAUAAACAUUCACAUAUUGGUUUUAACAGAAACAUGGAUUUUUCAAAAUGAGACAAUUUUAUAAUAUUGAAAACUAUUCUUCCGUACACAAUUGUAGGAAUACCCGAGGAGGGGGCACAAGUAUUUAUUUAAAAAACAAUAUAGACUAUACAGUAAAAAAUACAUCCUUUGUAAACUUGGAAGAGUGCAAUUUUUUGUCAAUAACUUUGACUAAACUUAAAUGUACUAUAUGGAGUAUAUAUAGACCACCGAGCAGCAAUGCACAAAAAUUUAUUAGUGAACUGGACAAUAUCAUGGAAAGUGAAAAAAAUCCUUGCUUAAUUAUAGGUGACAUAAACAUAAACUUAUUAUGAGUUAAAAUAGUUCCAGUGCAGUGAAAUAUUGGUGUUUAACUGAUUCCAAGUUGUUGUUUCUGUCCGCCAUAAUGGGAUUCUCAUCUACUGACCUGCGCGAGAUUAAAUCGCAAGUAAUAAGCAUUUUUAACGACAAAUUUCUGCAAGAAAUUGUCGAUAAAAUAGUCUCCCGCAUUGAAAAACAGUUUGAAGAGAAGCUAAACUUAUUAAAUAAUGAUUGCUCUGUCCUGGUGAAUAGGUGUACUAUUCUGGAGGAUAGAGUCCUUGAGCUGGAACGGGAAAACAUAAAACUGCGCACCACAACAGAUUGCGUUGAACAAUCCCAACGAAACAUGAAUAUACGCAUUUUUGGGCUGCCCAUGGAUGUAAACGAGAACCUGCAUUCAAAAGUAACCGAAUUGUUUACCGAACAGCUAAAAGUAAAUAUUAAUAGAUCGGAUAUAAAAAAGUGCUACCGUGUUUUGGCCAAGGCACGCAAUAAUAGUCCUCCUGCAGUUCUCGUGAACUUCGGUAGUGAUAUGGCUCGUGUUUCGGUACUAAAAGGUCGCAAAAAUUUGAAAAACAGUAAUAUAUUUAUAAAGGAAGAUUUAACUAAAAAUCGCCUUUUUCUACUUAAUAAGGCCAUUGACUUGUUUGGUGUCAAAAACGCAUGGGUCCUGAAUGGAGUUAUUUAUACUAAGUUUAACAAUAAAGUGCAUCGUAUACCUAGUGAAAGUGACUUAAUUAAAAUAAAGUCUGCUUAGCUUAAUAAUGGACAGUAAUUUAAUACGUUUUGUUAUUGUUAUCAAUACUCAUGCAAUUUCGAUUUUCGGGGACUUUAAUAUUAAUUUAUUGAGUCUUCAAAAUCCACUUACUACACUUUUUGAAAACUACAACCUACAUCAAGUAAAUGAAGAGCCCACACGAGUAACGGCAAAUGUAAGUACUCUUUUAGAUGUCAUAUUUGUUUCUAAUGUGCUGUUGGUUUCUAAUAAGGGUGUGUUAUCGGCUGAUGCCGUAUCCGACCAUAAAAUUAUAUAUUGUGAAUUAAAUUUAGCAAAAAUAAAUUGCAGUCAAAAAAUUGUUAGGUACUGUUGUUUUAAAAAUUUUAAUGUAUACAAUUUCAAUGCAGACAUGCACAAUUUGCCGUGGGAUAAUAUUUUUUACGAAAAUGACAUUAAUAUGAAGAUAUCUAUGUUUAAUAAUUUUAUUUUAACCCUUUUCGAUAGGCAUGCGCCUGUCCGAGAAUCUCGCAUUACUAAGCCUAAAGCACCAUGGCUCACAGAAAACCUAAAAAUCUUUAUGAGACAAAGGGACGAUGCCUUGCGUAUAUUCAAACAGUCAAAACUAUUGGAAGAUUGGAAUACUUACAAAGGUUUAAGAAAUUUUACUUUGUCUCGGGUUCGGAGAGAGAAGAGGAAGUAUAUCGAUUCACUUUUUUUAAAUAAAAGAGAACCGAGUCAGCUGUGGAAUGCACUAAAAAGUUUUAAUAUUUGUAAGAAUAAGGAUGGUCUAAUUCCGUCGUUUCUCUCUGAUCCCAAUGAGAUAAGUAAUUUUUUUGACUUAACUGCGCAAGUCAAUCCAGGCUGUGAGGAAAAAACGUCUUAUUAUAAUAAUAACUUUUAUAGAGAUGCGAAUAUGUUUAGUUUCCAUUUAACGAGUCCGGAUGAGGCUAACAAAAUUUUAAAUAAUAUAAAAACAAUUGCGAUAGGUACCGAUGAAAUUUCUUCAUUAAUGCUUAAGUAUUGUAGCCCCUUUGUUGACUUGUACUUAACCCACAUUAUAAAUUGUUGCAUAGAGAUAAGUUACUUUCCUGAUCAAUGGAAAACUUCAAUGGGAAAACCUUUGCCUAAAAUGUCUACUCCUACAACUCUUAAUGACAUUCGCAUUAUAAGUAUUUUGCCUGCCGUUUCGAAAAUUUUUGAAAGAAUUCUUUAUAAUCAGAUAUAUAACUAUUGCUUAUCUAAUGAAAUAAUACCAAAUUCACAAUGUGGGUUUAGGAAACAUUUUAACAUUUCGGUAGCACUUUGUAAGGUAACUGAUGACUUAUUUAGAGCUUGUGAUAAAAACAUGCAUACCGUUUUAGUGCUGUUGGAUUAUUCUAAGGCGUUUGACACCAUUAACCAUAAUUUGUUGUGCGCUAAGCUUAAGUAUUACGGUUUUAAUAAUAACUCCUAUUUGCUUUUAAAAUCCUAUUUGUCUAAUAGAUAUCAAACGAUUUUUUCCGAUAACAGAAAGUCUGAACAAGUAAGUAUUAGUUGUGGAGUACCGCAGUGUUCUAUUUUGGGUCCUUUGCUUUUUAUAAUGUAUGCCUCAGAUGUUUUAAAAUCGCUUAAAUAUUGUAAGCUUCAGGCAUUUGCUGAUGAUACGCAAAUUUAUUAUUGUUUUGAUUACAGCGACUAUAAAGAGGCCGAAUCACUCAUAAAUGAAGACCUGCAAGCACUAGGCUUAAACUCAAAAAAUCACAAUUUAAAAUUAAAUCCUAAUAAGUCCCAGCUUAUGAUAUUUGGUAACAAAAAUCAAAGAGAGUUUUUAAAAUCUAAUAUAAAUAUUAAUUUCGAUAAUACAAGAUUGGAAUUUGUAAACAACGGUAAAAACUUGGGGGUUAUUUUGGAUGAACAAUUAAGAUUUAAGGAACACCUUAAAAAAAAUUUUCAAAGAACUUUUAUGUCCCUGAAAACAUUGUAUAAUAACCGCCAUAUGUUAAAUGUAAAGUUAAGAAAACAAUUAUGUGAAUCCCUUGUACUGUCUCAUUUUAAUUAUGCUGACGUAGUUUAUGGGUUUUGUCUAGAUUUGGAAAGUCGGGUAAGAAUUCAAAGGGUCCAAAAUGCUUGCGUUCGAUUUGUUUAUGGACUCCGAAAAUUUGACCAUGUAUCUUAUUUAUAUAGAGAUAUUAGAUGGCUUAAAAUGGAUAUGCGCAGAAUAUUACAUUUUGCAGUGUUUUUAUUGAAAAUAAUUAAUGACACAUCUUCCCCUGUCUCCCUUAAAGAAAGACUAAUUUUUCGGGACACUGUUCAUGGUUUAAAUAUAAGGUUUUCUAAAAGAAUUACGGUUCCACUUCAUCAUAGUGCCAUGUUUCAGAGGUCAUAUUCUUAUAAUGCAGCAAAUAUUUUUAAUAAAGUACCAACAAACCUAAUUAAUUUAUUAAUUCAUUCUUUUAAAAUAAAAUUCAAGGAACAUCUAUUUAAUUUGCAAACCAAUGGAGAUUUUUUUUAGUGGCUUUUGUUAUUUGUGCAAUUUUUCUGGCAAAUUUAAUGUUUGUUAUGCAAGUUUCUUCUAGUUUCUUCUAAUUGUAAUAUUUAAUUAAUAAUUUAUUGUAAUUUACUAAUUAAUUUGCCUAAGAUAAUUUUUUUUU